GCGGGGACCUCAGCAAAGGGGGACUCUUGGGGGUUGCUAGGCCUGGGGGAUUCCCAAGUUGCUCCCAAUGACCCCUCUCUGCCCUUCCACCUGCAGGUGGGCAAACGAUGAAGCCAAUGAAGAAAGCAUGUGCUGGCCUCCCAGGUCCUGGCAGCGGAGGCAAGUCCCCACCAGCCACCAGGGCCAAGGCCCUGAGGCGGCGAGGGGCUGGGGAGGGUGACAAGCCAGAGGAAGAGGACGAUGAGGUUCAGCAGCGGCCAGGCCCAGAAGAGGCUGAGGAGGAGGAGGAGGAGGCACAGCAGGGCUCAGGGGGUGAGGGGCUCCCCCUAGAGCCGGGCCCUGAUGACCCCACCCCUGGCCCAGCCGAGGACCCCAAGGCAGAGGGUGAGGCUGGCCGCUGGGAGCCUCCACUCAGCCGGAAGACGGCCACGUUCAAGUCACGAGCACCCAAAAAGAAGUAUGUGGAAGAGCAUGGUGCUGGCAGUGGCAGCGGCGGAGCAGCUGGGGUCCCUGAGGAACGGGCCGGGACCCCUGAGGAAGCCAGCGCCCUGGGUGUUCCUCCACGGCCACCCACCUCCGCCCGUUCCUCCUCCACUGACACAGCCAGCGAGCACUCGGCUGACCUGGAAGAUGAACCAGCUGAAGGUUGUGGGCCAGGGCCAUGGCCCCUGGGUGGCACCAGUGGCAGCUAUGACCUGCGGCAGCUGCGAUCCCAGCGGGUACUGGCGCGACGUGGGGAUGGCCUCUUCCUGCCCGCUGUGGUGCGCCAGGUGCGCCGAAGCCAGGACUUGGGUGUGCAGUUCCCAGGGGACCGGGCCCUGACUUUCUACGAGGGGGCACCCGGCAGUGGUGUGGAUGUGGUUUUGGAUGCCAUACCGCCACCAGGUGCGCUGGUGGUGGGUACGGCUGUCUGUACCUGUGUGGAGCCUGGCGUGGCUGCCUACCGUGAAGGUGUGGUGGUGGAGGUGGCUACCAAGCCAGCUGCCUACAAGGUCCGCCUCAGCCCUGGCCUUGGCUCCCAGCCAGGCCCACCAACCACCCUCCCACAGCCAUCGCAGCCGUCACAUCAUGAGCCCGAGGAGGCCGUAUGGGUGGCCCGCUCCAGCCUUCGCCUGCUUCGGCCCCCAUGGGAACCUGAAGCCCUGUCAAGGAAGCCCCCCACCAGCCCUGAGGAGGAACAGGCUGAGCCAGGGGCCUCCCUGCCACCCUGCCCUGCUGCCCUGGACCCCAAGCAGCCUGAGGAUGCUGAGGUCUCCAAGAUCAGCUUUGGUGGCAGUCUGGGGGCUUGUGGGGAGGGCGAGGAGAAGCACCCACCAUCCCAGGGCACCCCGGCCCUGCUCCCACUGCCCCCACCCCAACUCCUGUCACCGCCACCCAAAUCCCCAGCCUUCGCAGGCCCAGGCCGCCCUGGAGAGCAGCCCUCACCCUGCCAGGAGGGGAGCCAGGGUGGCAGCCGGAGCAGCAGCGUGGCCUCUUUGGAGAAGGGGACUGCGCCAGCUUCCCGGGCCCGCACACCACUGACAGCAGCCCAGCAGAAGUACAAGAAGGGCGACGUGGUCUGCACGCCUAACGGAAUCCGGAAGAAAUUCAAUGGCAAACAGUGGCGGCGGCUGUGCUCCCGAGAUGGCUGCAUGAAGGAGUCUCAGCGACGGGGCUACUGCUCCCGCCACCUGUCCAUGCGAACCAAAGAGAUGGAAGGCCUGGCUGACAGUGGCCCAGGUGGGGCUGGGCGGCCUGCUGGAGUGGCAGCUCGGGAGGGCAGCACCGAAUUUGACUGGGGUGAUGAGACAUCGAGGGACAGUGAGGCCAGCAGUGUGGCGGCUCGUGGAGACUCACGCCCACGUCUGGUAGCGCCCACUGACCUGUCACGCUUUGAGUUUGAUGAGUGUGAGGCAGCAGUGAUGCUAGUAUCCUUGGGCAGCUCCCGUUCCGGCACGCCCUCCUUUUCCCCGGUCUCUACACAGUCACCCUUCUCGCCAGCACCCUCACCCUCACCAUCGCCACUCUUCGGCUUUCGUCCCGCCAACUUCAGCCCCAUCAAUGCGUCCCCCGUCAUCCAACGCACUGCUGUUCGAAGUCGCCACCUGAGUGCCAGUACCCCUAAGGCAGGUGUGCUGACGCCACCAGAUCUGGGCCCCCACCCACCGCCACCUGCCCCCCGAGAGCGCCAUUCCUCCGGCAUCCUACCUACCUUCCAGACCAACCUGACCUUCACCGUGCCCAUCAGCCCUGGGCGGCGGAAGACAGAGCUGCUGCCCCACCCAGGGGCAUUGGGAACCCCUGGUACAGGGGGUGGAGGAGCCACCCCAGACUUCCCGAAGAGUGACAGCUUAGACUCUGGUGUGGACUCAGUGUCCCAUACACCUACACCCUCCACACCGGCAGGCUUCCGGGCUGUGUCGCCUGCUGUGCCCUUCUCCCGCUCCCGCCAGCCCUCACCAUUGCUGCUGUUGCCCCCACCUGCUGGCCUCACCUCGGAUCCUGGACCCUCUGUGCGCAGGGUGCCUGCUGUGCAACGGGACUCACCUGUUAUUGUCCGAAACCCUGACGUGCCACUACCUUCCAAAUUUCCUGGGGAGGUGGGCACUGCUGGGGAGACUCGGGCUGUAGGACCUGGACGGGGUUGCCGAGAGACCCCGGUGCCCCCUGGGGUGGCCAGUGGGAAGCCUGGCCUGCCCCCACCUCUGCCGGCCCCCGUACCCAUAACCGUGCCUCCAGCCGCGCCGACUGCUGUGGCCCAACCAAUGCCCACCUUUGGCCUGGCUUCUUCGCCCUUCCAGCCAGUGGCCUUCCACCCCUCACCCGCUGCCCUGUUGCCCGUCCUGGUGCCCAGCAGCUACACCAGCCAUCCUGCCCCCAAGAAGGAAGUCAUCAUGGGCCGGCCUGGGACAGUGUGGACAAACGUCGAACCUCGCUCUGUCGCUGUGUUCCCCUGGCACUCCUUAGUCCCCUUCCUGGCCCCCAGCCAGCCAGACCCCUCUGUGCAGCCAAGUGAGGCCCAGCAACCUGCCAGCCACCCAGUGGCUUCCAACCAGAGCAAAGAACCUGCUGAGUCGGCAGCUGUUGCUCAUGAGCAGCCACCAGGUGGGACAGGGAAUGCUGACCCUGGGAGGCCCCCUGGAGCCACAUGCCCUGAGAGUCCAGGGCCUGGACCCCCACACACUUUGGGGGUGGUGGAACCUGGAAAAGGUCCCCCUCCCACCACUGAGGAAGAGGCCCCUGGCCCUCCAGGAGAACCCCGGCUGGACAGUGAGACAGAGAGUGACCAUGAUGAUGCCUUCCUCUCCAUCAUGUCUCCUGAGAUCCAGUUGCCUCUGCCACCUGGAAAACGCCGGACCCAGUCCCUCAGUGCCCUGCCCAAGGAACGAGACUCAUCUUCGGAGAAGGAUGGACGCAGCCCCAACAAGCGGGAGAAGGACCAUAUCCGGCGGCCUAUGAAUGCCUUCAUGAUCUUCAGCAAGCGGCACCGGGCCCUGGUCCACCAGCGUCACCCCAACCAGGACAACAGGACCGUCAGCAAGAUCCUGGGCGAGUGGUGGUAUGCCCUGGGGCCCAAGGAGAAACAGAAGUACCACGACCUGGCCUUCCAGGUGAAAGAGGCCCACUUUAAGGCCCACCCAGACUGGAAGUGGUGCAACAAGGACCGAAAGAAGUCCAGCUCAGAGGCCAAGCCCACAAGCCUGGGCCUGGCAGGAGGGCACAAGGAGACAAGGGAGCGGAGCAUGUCGGAGACAGGCACUGCUGCUGCCCCUGGAGUGUCCUCUGAGCUUCUGUCUGUCACAGCCCAGACACUUUUGAGCUCGGACCCCAAGGCUCCGGGGAGCAGCUCCUGUGGGGCAGAACGUCUGCACACAGUUGGGGGACCUGGUUCGGCCCGGCCGCGAGCCUUCUCCCACAGUGGGGUCCACAGCCUGGAUGGCGGAGAAGUAGACAGCCAGGCACUACAGGAAUUGACUCAGAUGGUGUCUGGCCCUUCAUCCUAUGCUGGCCCGAAGCCUUCCACACAAUAUGGGGCUCCAGGCCCCUUUGCGGCCCCUGGAGAGGGAGGUGCCCUGGCAGCCAGUGGGCGGCCUCCACUGCUGCCCACCCGAGCCUCCCGUUCCCAGCGUGCAGCCAGUGAGGACAUGACCAGUGAUGAGGAACGCAUGGUUAUCUGUGAGGAGGAAGGAGAUGAUGAUGUCAUUGCUGACGAUGGCUUCAGCACCACUGACAUUGACCUCAAGUGCAAGGAGCGGGUAACCGACAGUGAGAGCGGAGAUAGCUCUGGGGAAGACCCAGAGGGCAGCAAGAGCUAUAGCCGGAAGGUGUUCUCGCCUGUGAUUCGUUCUUCCUUCUCCCACUGCCGUCCGUCGCUGGACCCUGAGCCCCCAGGGCCCCCAGAUCAACCUGCAGCCUUCAGCAAAGGCUAUGGGCCCACCUCGUCCUCCUCGUCCCCGCCUACACCCUCCUCAGCGGCAGCAGCCACCUUCUCAUUGGGCUCAGGGACCUUCAAGGCCCAGGAGUCAGGUCAGGGCAGCACAGCAGGCCCACUACGGCCCCCACCUCCUGGGGCUGGGGGCCCAGCAACACCUUCCAAGGCCACCCGCUUUCUCCCAACGGAUCCUACCACCUUCCGGCGCAAGAGGCCUGAAAGUGUGGGGGGCUUGGAGCCACCUGGCCCUUCAGUUAUUGCAGCACCUCCUGGCGGGGGAGGAAGUGUCCUGCAGACACUGGUCCUGCCUCCAAACAAAGAGGAACGGGAGGGCAGCGGAGCCCGCAUGUCCUCAGCCCCAGCCCCAUCGCUGGCCUUUGGGGCCCCAACAGCCCCGCUGUCCCGUCCAGCCGCCACCAUGGUCACCAACGUAGUGCGGCCUGUCAGCAGCACUCCUGUGCCCAUCGCCUCCAAGCCCUUCUCCACCUCUGGCCGGGUGGAAGCAUCUCCAAAUGACACAGCAGGUGCCAGGACUGAACCCAUCACUGGGUCCCGGGCACCUGGGGGCUCUCCACUGGGCGUCAGUUUAGUGUAUUCAGACAAGAAGUCAGCAACAGCCACCUCUCCAGCCCCACAUCUGGUGGCUGGGCCCCUACUGGGUGCUGUGGGGAAGGCGCCUGCCACUGUCACCAACCUGCUGGUGGGCACCCCAGGCUAUGGGGCCCCCGCACCCCCUGCUGUCCAGUUCAUUGCCCAGGGGACCCCUGGCAGUGGGGCCACUACAGGCUCAGGAGCAGGUGCUGGGAGUGGUCCCAAUGGGCCAGUGCCCCUGGGUAUUUUGCAGCCAGGUGCCCUUGGCAAGGCUGGGGGAAUCACCCAGGUGCAGUACAUCCUGCCCACACUGCCCCAGCAGCUUCAAGUGGCGCCUGCCCCAGCACCAGCCCCUGGGACCAAGGCAGUGGCUCCCGGCGGCCCUGCACCCACCACCAGCAUUCGUUUCACCCUCCCUCCGGGCACCUCCACCAACGGCAAAGUCCUGGCUGCCACUGCACCCACUCCUGGCAUCCCCAUCCUGCAGUCUGUACCCUCUGCCCCGCCCCCCAAAGCCCAGUCGGUUUCUCCUGUGCAGGCCCCACCCCCAGGCGGCUCAGCCCAGCUGUUACCUGGGAAGGUACUAGUGCCCCUGGCCACUCCUAGCAUGUCAGUUCGGGGUGGAGGGGCCGGCCAGCCGCUGCCCCUGGUGAGCCCGCCCUUCUCAGUACCUGUGCAGAAUGGUGCCCAGCCACCCAGCAAGAUCAUCCAGCUGACUCCAGUGCCUGUGAGCACACCCAGCGGCCUGGUGCCGCCCCUCAGCCCAGCCACAAUCCCAGGUCCCACGUCGCAGCCUCAGAAGGUCCUGCUGCCCUCCUCCACCAGAAUCACCUAUGUGCAGUCAGCGGGCGGGCACACACUGCCUCUGGGCACCAGCUCAGCAUCCAGCCAGGCUGGAACAGUCACCUCAUAUGGACCCACAAGUUCUGUAGCCCUAGGCUUCACCUCACUGGGGCCCAGCGGCCCUGCCUUCGUGCAGCCCUUGCUUUCAGGCCAGGCCCCACUACUGGCUCCUGGCCAGGUGGGCGUGUCACCUGUGCCCAGUCCCCAGUUGCCUCCCACCUGUGCAGCCCCUGGAGCUCCCGUCAUCACAGCAUUUUACCCUGGCAGCCCCGUACCCACCUCGUCAGCACCCCUGGCACAGCCAUCCCAGGCCCCCCCAGGCCUGGUCUAUACUGUGGCCACCAGCACCACCACCCCUACUGCUACAAUCCUGCCCAAGGGCCCACCGGCCCCUCCCACUGCCACUGCCACCGCCACCCCAGCCCCUACCAGCCCUUUUCCUACUGCCACAGGUGGGUGUUCGGCCAGCCCAGGGUGGGGUGAGUUGGACCCAGGGAAUGGGCUCCAAUCAAACCUUGCUCAGCAAAUGCUCUUCUCCCCACCAGCAGGCUCCAUGACUUACAGUUUAGUGGCCCCCAAGGCCCAGAGGCCUACCCCUAAGGCCCCCCAGAAAGUGAAGGCAGCCAUCGCCAGCAUUCCUGUGGGCUCCUUUGAGGCAGGUGCCCCUGGGCGGCCUGGCCCUGCACCCCGGCAGCCCUUGGAGCCUAGCUCAGCUCGUGAACCUGCUGCCCCUGAGUCCGAGCUUGAGGGGCAGUCUACAACACCGGCCCCUCCACCUCCCCCAGAGACCUGGGCUCCCACUGCCCGGAGCAGCCCCACACCACCCCUGCCUGCUGAGGAGCGGAGCAGCACCAAGGGCCCUGAGACUAUGGCCAGCAAAUUCCCCAGCUCAUCUUCAGACUGGCGUGUCCCUGGGCUGGGCCUAGAGAGUCGUGGGGAGCCUCCCACCCCUCCCAGCCCGGCCCCAGCUCCAGCUCCAGCUCCAGCUCCAGCUCCAGCUCCAGCCCCUGGUAGCAGCAGUGGCGGUGGCAGCAGUGAGGGCAGUAGUGGCAGGGCAGCUGGGGAUACCCCCGAGCGCAAAGAGGCAGCUGGUACUGGCAAGAAGGUGAAGGUGCGGCCCCCGCCCCUGAAGAAGACAUUUGACUCUGUGGACAACAGGGUCCUAUCAGAAGUAGACUUCGAAGAACGCUUUGCUGAGCUGCCGGAGUUUCGGCCUGAAGAGGUAUUGCCCUCUCCCACCCUGCAGUCUCUGGCCACCUCGCCUCGGGCCAUCCUGGGCUCCUAUCGCAAGAAAAGGAAGAACUCCACUGACCUGGACUCCGCCCCUGAGGACCCCACAUCUCCCAAGCGCAAGAUGAGAAGACGUUCCAGCUGCAGCUCGGAGCCCAAUACCCCCAAGAGUGCCAAGUGCGAGGGAGACAUCUUCACCUUUGACCGCACAGGUACAGAAGCCGAGGAUGUGCUCGGGGAGCUGGAGUAUGAGAAAGUGCCAUACUCGUCACUGCGGCGCACCCUGGACCAGCGCCGGGCCCUGGUCAUGCAGCUUUUCCAGGACCAUGGCUUCUUCCCAUCAGCCCAAGCCACGGCAGCCUUCCAGGCCCGCUACGCAGACAUCUUCCCCUCCAAGGUCUGUCUGCAGUUGAAGAUCCGUGAGGUGCGCCAGAAGAUCAUGCAAGCGGCCACUCCAACGGAGCAGCCCCCUGGAGCCGAGGCCCCCCUCCCUGUACCGCCCCCCACUGGCACUGCUGCUGCCCCUGUCCCCACUCCCAGCCCUGCUGGGGGCCCUGACCCCACCUCACCUGGCUCGGACUCUGGCACGGCCCAGGCUGCCCCACCACUGCCUCCACCCCCAGAGCCAGGGCCAGGACAGCCGGCCUGGGAGGGGCCCUCCCAGCCCUCCCCCCCACCCCCUGGUCCCUCCACAGCUGCCACAGGCAGGUGAGGGGCCCCUGAGAAGAUUCCAGGACCCAUAGUACCUAGUACCCCCCUCAGGACAUGGACAGUAUGUAGGUGGCAGGAAUGGGGGGGGGCAGGAUGGUUACCUCCUCCCCAAUAAAGCCAUUUCGUCCUUUCCAGAUUGGGACGGGAUGAGGCCUGCUCCUCUGUGUCCCCCUCCCCCCACAGCUCCCUCCUGGUGAUGGGGGGCAGCUGAGGGAAAGCAGGGGCACAGUCUCCCUCUACCGAGCCCCUGUACAUAAUAACCUGGAGUGUGUGACCUUCAGAUCUUUUCACUUGUACUUUAUGCAAAAUGGCUCGUGUGAGGGCUGCAGAGAGAAGUGAGGGCCUUGGCCACAGGGAGGCACCUGUGGAGUAGGGGGAGUUCAUGCACCCCUUUUUCCCCCAGAGGGGCUGGACUCAGGUUAGUUUGAGGGUGGGGGCUCCUGCACUUUGCCACAGGCAUGGGGAGGGUUCUCUCCCCACCCCUCUGCCCUCCCAACUUGGGUUGUACUUUCUAAGAAGGUGAUUCCCCCUACCCUUGUCCCCAUCCCCAGAACAAAACAUGUUGAUCAUGUGCAAUAUUUCUUACUGUGCCGAGAAGCCGAGAUUAAAGCUGUUUAACACAA